AUGAGUUCAGUCCCUUUGCACGCGUCGCCUUUAGUCUCCCUUCUUCCCGAAAACUCAUCUCGAAAUACUCUCCCUCAACUGCUCCAAACCCCCUCCGGCCUGGCACUGCUGGAACUCCAAGGAACAAUCAAUCUUCCCGAUCAACCUGAAGAAUCUACGGAAUCUCAAUUGCCAGGAUGCCAGCAAACGCCUAUCGGGCGUCUCGUAUUCCCAGAUUACGAUCCUAAAGACGCGUCGAACACAGCAUGGAUGAAGCGCGUCUAUCUCUACGUGGGAAAGCAUCAAAGGCUCACGGGAGAAGUCAAGAAGCUUCCGAAAGCCAUUGCGGUUAUCAGGAAGCGUAUAGACGGGUCGGGCCAGCAGAUGGAUCUAGACAUGGAGGAGGGACAGCAGAGCGAUGAGUUAGAGAUUGUGGAGAUUAUCAAGCACAAGAUUCUGUUUUCCACUCGACCGGAACCAGUCGGGACUUGGGCUUGGGGGUGUACCCCCUUACCCCUCCAUGCCUUCUUCACACCUCACUUCUCCUCCCCAGCAAACACGAUAAAGCCAAAGAUGCCCAUCUCACCACCCGAACAACACCAUGUCCCCCAUCCCACCCCCCACGUCCCCAACUCUCCCCUUCCCGUACUAAUCUACCGCUCCGCCAUCCCCCUCCCAGCCAGCCCCGCGCUAGUAUGCUCAACGAUCGAGCCGCACCACUGGCUUAAAGGCGGGAUAUUCAAGCACUACCCCACGCAUCAUUUCCAUUCCGUCACGCAUGAAUGUUAUGCUGUGUUUAAAGGGCAUUCGAAACUAUUGCUUGGGCAAGGACCGUUAGAUGUAGAUGGUGAUAAGGGUGAGGAUGGGCUGGUUGUGGAAGUAGCGGAAGGCGAUGCUAUUGUGCUACCGGCUGGAGUGGCGCACUGUUCUUUGGAGAGUUCGAAGGAUUAUGAGUAUGUGGGAUUGUAUCCUGAGGGCAGUCCGCAUUGGGACAACAACUUCUGUAGAGCGGGCAAAGAAGAAACGAUGCAGAAGGCGCGGAACGCCAGGACUGUUCCGGUGCCGGAUAGUGAUCCUGUGUUUGGGGUUGGGGGGCCGUUGGUGGGGAUUUGGGAGGGAGCUUUGGAAAGUAGGUAA